GAACCAUCUGCCGUCUCUGCCCUGGCUCCCGCUGCUCCUGGCAAAGAUGCCAAAGAGGAGCAAAGUGAGGUGGAUGACUGCCAGCCUCCAUCCAUGCUCCCACCAGGACUCUCUGGACCUAUGUCAGAACCAUCUGCCGUCUCUGCCCUGGCUCCCGCUGCUCCUGGCAAAGAUGCCAAAGAGGAGCAAACUGAGGUGGAUGACUGCCAGCCUCCAUCCGUGCUCCCACCAGGACUCUCUGGACCUCUCCUUCUAGAGAAAGAGCAGGAGCAGACUGCUUCACCAGAGAUGCCGUGCCAGACUCAGGCAGAGCUGUUCCCAGCCCGAGAGCAGGAAGAGCAGCUCAGGCAGCAGGUGGAAGAGCCAGAGCAGAAUGACCAGAACAUCAAGGCAGAUCCACAAGCAGAGCUGCCCGAAGCUCAGAGUACGAUCAUGGUAGUGAAGAGGAGGAACAACGAUGACAUGAGAAAAAUUCAAGAGGUGUUGAAUCUCCAUCAGCAGAGGGGCGAUCAACAAAAGCAGGUAAGUGAAAGAGUGGCAGCCACUCCACUUAUGAAACAUCCUCUCACUUGUUUUUUAGAGAACAUGAAGCAACAGCUGGACACAGAGUUCCAGAAAGCUCACACUAGGAUGGAUGCAUUGGAGAAGAGGCUGGAGGAGGAAAUGAAAAUCAUCAGAGAGAAAGCUAAUCGCCUCCCUCAGGCUCUAGAAAAGCAAGUGAAAGUGUUGACAUCUCACCGGGCAGCCUGUGAAGUCUUCCAGCAAAUGUCUGGCAAUGAGCCGCCCCAAGUUUGGCGUGAGGCACAGAUCUCCAUGGGCUUUGUCACCAAACCUGCAGCAGCAGCAGCAUUGUCUAAAGGAGCCUUUGCUUCCCGACCUGAGAAGUGGAGCCAGGGCAGUUUGUUCACCUCCCGUGCUGACCCAGCUGCUGCUCAGCAACAGGAGACCGAGGGUGACUCCCUGGAGCUGCUGAGGAGAUUGGGGAACCCCAUGGAAAAUCCCACUAUGAAAUACACUGAGCUGGAAUAUAUUGGCAGCGGGUGAGUCCAACCGCAGGCACUUCUACACAACCAUGGGCCAGGUGUUUUUCUGGUGGAAUGUCUAUCCAGCGUGAAGUCAGGCCAGCUGCAAACAUGUUGAGACACUAGGGAUAGAUUGUCCCAUCUCUCAGUGCUGCUGAGAAUUGGUGAGUGGGCUCC